UUUUUUUUAUUAGAGGCAAUUUUAUAUAAAAAAAUCCACCAAAAUGAGUCGAAUGUCUGUAUCAAGAAUGAGAGGCAUGAGCAUGAUGUCUGCAACAUCAAUAAGCUCCUCAGGUGUCAGUUACAAGAAACCACUCGUGGUGCAGAGGACAGAUCAAGAAAUGGAAAACUUCAGGAAGGAGAUAUCCACAGAUGCUCACGAGAUACCUCUUCAAGAAUUAUUGCAUAGGCUUGGUACCAACGCAGAAUUGGGCCUUACCCGCGCCAAAGCCGAUACCCUACUGAAGAUCAACGGACCCAACUGUCUUGUGGCCUCACAAACAAAGUCCAGAUACUGGAUCUUCCUAGGUUUCAUGUUCGGAGGCUUUGCAGCUCUCCUUUGGAUCGGAGCCUUGUUGUCACUGCUUGGAUUCACCUUAUCCUAUAUAAACGACCCAGACAGCCACGAAGGCUACGAUCACCUCUACUUAGGUUGCGUCCUGUUGGUUGUGGUGAUCUUCAGCGGCUUCUUCGGUUUCUACCAAGAAUCUAGCAGUGAGAAGAUCAUGGAUAGUUUCAAAAGAAUGAUACCUAGCUACGCAAUGGUGAUAAGAGAUGGCAUAGAGUACACAUUGCCGAGUGAAGAGCUUGUUGUGGGUGAUUUGGUUGAGCUUUUUGCCGGUAGUACAAUCCCUGCCGAUAUAAGGGUGAUAGAUUCUGCCUCUUUGAAGGUGGAUAAUAGCUCAAUAACUGGAGAGUCUGAUCCUCAAUCCAAAUAUCCUAAGUGCACUAGUGAAAACCCUUUGGAAACUGCAAAUUUGGCCUUCUACAGUACCAACAUAGUCGAGGGUAGGGGAAGAGGCAUCGUGAUAUCUUGCGGAGAUGACACUCUAAUCGGUCACAUCGCUGGCCUCACCACUGCAUUGAAAAAAGAAGAAACCCCCAUUCACAAGGAAAUCAGAAGGUUCAUCAAGAUAAUAACAGUUCUGGCCAUCGCCAUAGGCCUGACUUUCUUCAUCCUGUGUCUUAACUUCGGCUACAACUUCUUCGUGAGCUUCUCCUUCUUCAUAGCCCUGAUAAUAGCGAACGUACCUGAAGGUCUACCGGUCACACUGACUGCCUGCAUGACCUUAACGGCUAAGAGGAUGGCCUCCAAGAACUGCCUGGUGAAGAAACUGGAGGCGAUAGAGACUUUGGGCGCUUGCAACGUCAUCUGCUCAGACAAGACUGGUACUUUGACGCAGAAUAGGAUGACAGUGUCUCAUAUGUUUUUUGACGGACAGGAGUGGGAUGUUUUGAAGACUCUGAACGAGGUUCCCAGAGACAGCGAAGCUUUCGAGGCUCUUGUAGAGAUUGCAAUGCUCUGCAGCAGGGCCACCUUCAUCGACAAGGACAAGAACAUACCGAUAGAGGAGAGGACAGUGGCGGGAGACGCCAGCGAAUCAGCCAUCUUGAAAUUCCUCGAAGCUUUAAUUGGAAAUGUGGCACAGAAGAGAGAACUAAAACCCAAGAUUUGUGAGAUACCUUUCAACUCCAACAACAAGUUCCAACUCUCCAUUCACAAGCUAGUUGGCGGUAGAAACCUUCUGGUCAUCAAAGGGGCUCCCGAAAGGAUCAUUAUGAGGUGCAAGAAAUAUCUGAGCAACGAUAGAACGGUGGAACUCGACGAUGACCUUGCAGAUGAACUGUUGGAGGCGAUUUUGAACCUUGGUAGGAAAGGAGAGAGGGUUUUAGCCUUCGCUGACUAUUAUUUGCCAGAAACUUAUGGUGCCGAUUAUGUUUUCAAUGCGGAAAAGCAGAAUUUUCCGGUGGAAGGUUACAGAUUCGUCGGUUUCCUCUCAAUGAUGGACCCUCCCAGAUUCACCGUACCGGAAGCGGUCCGUAUGUGUAAAGAAGCCGGUAUCCGGGUGAUCAUGGUGACCGGCGAUCACCCAGUGACAGCCGAAGCUAUAGCGAAAAAAGUUGGUAUAAUAUCCGAAGACAGCAUCGUCCACACGGACAUACUGAAGGGAGACAACGACUCUAUGACCAGGGUCAAGCACCACAUAAUUGCUGGAGUGGUGACCGGAAACGAUCUGAGGGAGAUGACAGACCACGAGCUGGAGAUGGCGCUCGUCAAGUACAGAGAGUUGAUCUUCGCCAGGACGAGUCCCCAGCAGAAGCUGAAGAUUGUGGAGGCUUUGCAGAAGCAGAAACUCAUUGUGGCGGUGACUGGUGAUGGUGUCAAUGAUUCUCCUGCCUUGAAGAAGGCUGAUAUAGGUAUAGCAAUGGGCAUAGCAGGCUCGGACGUGGCCAAAAACGCAGCCGACAUGAUCCUUCUCGAUGACAAUUUCUCCUCGAUCGUCACAGGCAUCGAAGAAGGCCGUUUGAUCUUCGACAACCUCAAGAAGAGCAUAGCCUACGUGCUGACCUCCAACGUACCAGAGAUCGUGCCGUUCAUUGUCUUGGUGGGGUUCAAUCUGCCACAAUCCUUGACUGUUAUGGCUAUAGUACUCAUCGAUAUUGGUACCGAUCUAUGGCCAGCCAUCAGCCUUGCCUACGAAAAACCAGAGGCGGACAUCAUGAAAAGAUGUCCAAGAAACCCAGUGGAAGAUCGUCUGAUAAACACCCGUCUUAUCUACCUUGCAUACGGUCAGAUAGGCUUCAUACAAAGCGUUGGAGCCUUCAUCGUAUAUUUCUUCAUCAUGGCUCAACACGGCUUCUUUUACGAUAGGCUCAUCGGCAUACGUGUUCUCUGGGACUCCGAAACAAUCAACGACCUCCAAGACUCUUACGGAGAAGAAUGGACCUAUCCGGAACGUAUGUACCUCCAAAGAAAAUGCGUUGCCGGCUUCUUCGUUUCCAUAGUGAUGACCCAGACCACCGACCUGUUGAUUUGCAAGACCAGGAAGCUGUCCCUGUUUCAGCAGGGGAUGUCGAACAGGCCCCUGAAUUACUCCAUCUGUUUCGCUAUGGCUGUCAUGCUGGUUUCCGUGUACUGUCCAGGAGUGAGGGAUUUCUUCCAGUUUGAACCUGUGGACUACUGGCCGUAUGUCCUCACGUUGCCUUUCGUGUUGAUCAUUUUCUGCUAUGAUGAAGGUAGGAAAUGGCUUAUAAGGAGAAAUCCGUACGGGUUUGCAGCCAGAGAAACUUACUACUGAUAUUUUAAGUCUGGAUAGGUUUAAUAAAGAUUUUUUUAUCGGA